AUGGUAAUCUCCGUCUUCAUCUGCGCUAUAUCAAACUGUCUCUCUAUCUCUACCUGUAUUGGAGAAGACACAGUGAAGUAUUCCAGGGAGCCAGAGCAUUCAACUAAAUAUAAUUUAUUUUGUGAUGCGGUUCAUUGCUCUAUUGUUUCACCUUGCAAGGGCAGAGAAUCUGACCUAAGGGUUCACUUCAAGCUUGCAAGGCCCAGAGGAUCUGACCUGAGGGUUCACUUCAAGAACACCAGGGAAACCGCAUUUGCUAUCAGGAAGCUCCCAUUGGCCAAGGCUAAGAGGUAUCUAGAGGACGUUCUUGCCCACAAGCAGGCCAUCCCUUUCCGGCGCUUUUGUGGAGGUGUCGGGCGCACUGCUCAAGCAAAGAAUCGCCAUCCCAAUGGACAAGGGCGGUGGCCUGUCAAGUCUGCCAAGUUCAUCUUGAACUUGCUCAAGAGUGCUGAGAGCAAUGCUGAUGUGAAGGGCUUGGAUGUGGAUACACUAUUCAUUUCGCAUAUCCAGGUAAAUCAGGCCCAGAAGCAGAGGUGGCGAACUUACCGUGCCCAUGGAAGAAUCAACCGCUGAAACCCAAGUGGUGCCCAAGAGGACGAAGAAAUCUCAAGCUCUUCGUUGUGGGGCUUCAUCUUAAAGCUUUGCAGAGUAAGAGAGAUUGGUAUCGCGUCAACUUGAAGAUUUACUCAGAGAGAUUGACAUCUUUUUUCCUUCUAUUUGAAUGCUCAUGUUUUUGCAACAUUUCGUCAAGAUUUUUGUGGUUGUAUAAGGACCAAGAAUCAGUCACCCAAUUUGGAGAGAGAUCUUUUCUUGCUUGAGUUGGUUAGUUUGAGCCUUAGAUCAUAUUUGGGUCAUUGUUUUAGCUUGAGUGUCUUCCUUUGUGGACACCCAUGUCCUUACAUUGCAGGCAUUAGUUACCACGAAAGUGUUUUAGAACUUUUGUUAGUAAUGUGAUUUUUUCAUGACCUACUCGUUACC